UUAAACUCGUUUAGAGCGAUCGAUAGCUUUUUAAAAGUAUAAGAAGUAGAUUAGUUUGGAAGAAUAAUGUGAAAGGUUAUUUUUUUUUACGAGGGGAUAGUUAUAUACGGAGAGGUGAGUUGGCUAACAGAGAAAGAGAAAAUGGGCACCAAAACACCUCCUGACAUUAGAUAGUUUGUUUCAUAGAGGGAUAACUGUAUUAAUUUGUUAGGCAGGCAGUUAAAUUUAUUGGUAUAUACAAUGACAGAUAGCUGGAGGAAUAAGGUAGAGAGAUGGAGGAACAGGAAAUAAGGAAAGGUAUUAAGUAGAAUUCCAUACAUUCGUAGUUGGGCAGAUAUUUGUAGAUCCAGGAAGAGGUGGAUAGACGGACUCUUUCACAGUGCCAGUUGAAGUGGUACUCGCAGACACAGGAGUAGUGAGGGUUGUGAAGCGGAGAGAUGGAGUGCGGGGAGAGUAUCCUGUGUGCAGCUGGGGAGGUGGAGCUGGACCCUGACAUCGUGAGUGAAGAAGCAGGGAAACUCUACUCUGAGCUACAGAGUGUGAUCGAGACCCAUGGGGCCGAUGUGGUGGAGUCGCUGGUGCCCGUUCUGGUGUGGGUUCUGGAGGGCCUCGCCAGCUGCCGGGCCCGGCUGAGAGAGAUGGAGGAGGAGGCGGAGAGGGAGAAGGGAGAGAGAGAGGAGCUGCUGGAGAGAUAUCAGAGCGAGAGAACACUCAGGCGAGAGAGCCAGGAGAGGUAUUUGGAGCUGGACGACCAGUUCGAGCAGGAAAGAAGGAUGAUGAAGGGGAGGGAGAAAGAAAGGGAGCGGAGGGAGAGAGAGCUGGAGAAAAAGGCCAGGGAGCAGGCAGACCAGUUGGUUGCCUUAGAGGAACAGAGGGCGGGUCUGACUCGAGAUUUAAGCACGCUUAAACACACGCACAAUAAGUUGUUGCACAAUUAUCGGGAUCUCCUUGAGAAGAAAAGAGAGUCUGAGAGAGAAGGAGCUCUUUCCCCAUUAAGGAAUCGUAUGCGUUCUAAGAGUUCCGAGGCCCCAUCAGAGCAGGGUGUCCAACAAACUUCCUCUGUCACGCAGCAGGCAGAGCCAAGAGCAGGGACAAGCUGUGAUCCCACCCCUUCAGAAACUCCCAUUACCGAGGACAGUCAAGUAAUUAACAAGGUCGCGGAGCCUGAGAGAGACGGGACAGAUCCAUCCUUUAUUGAUGCCAUCAUCAGUUCUACUCCCGAGCUGGCACAACUGGAUUGCUUCAUUGAAGCCAGCACCCCGAAAGGUGCAGCGAAGAACACUAGCAGUCUCUCAGGAGGCGAGCUCCAGUCCAGCAUAGGGCAGGAGAUUGGGGAGGUGGAGGCGGAGGAGCAGGAGGAUGAGGAGGGCCCGGGGGGCAUGGAGUGGGACCUCAGGAACACAGACUCUGUUUUCUCUGAGCUGUCGGAGCUGAGCCGGGAGUACGUGGAGAGUGUGGACAGAGGGGCCAGUGUGAGAGGUAGCACUGACCAGUUUGAGGAGAUUCUCUCUGAGCAUGAGGAACUGAAACGCACCCAUGAGCUGGUAGAGGCAGCUCGAAGGGCACUGAUUGCGCGGGUGGAAGAGCUGACCAAUGAGAGGGCUGCCCUCGGCCUGGAGGUGGGCUCUUGCCGUGAAACCAUCACACGAUUGGAGGGAAGGAUGCGGGAGAUGGAGGAAGAAACAAAGCGACUCCGUAAAGAGCUGGAAGAAAGUCAGGGUGAGGAUGCAGAGUCUGGGCUGCCCCUCCCUCCGAGACGGUUCUCUCGCUCGGAGAUGGCCCGGGUGGUGAUGGAGAAGAACCAGUACAAGGAGCGUCUCAUUGAGCUGCAGGAGGCUGUGCGCCGGUCUCAGACGAUCAGAGCCACUAAAGAGGAGAGGAACGCGGAGGAGAGGAGGAGCAGUAUGUGGAGGAGGUUUAACCGCCUGUUUGGUCUGACCAAGGACCCCUUCGCCCCCCGCCCUGAUGCAACCCUGGCCUUACCCCCCACUUCUCCGCCCACUCUCCUUCCAUCCAGGCCUGCACAGCAGCUGAUUGUCCAUCAGACUCAGACAGACAGCUCUCCCCCCGCCGUGCUGUCCCCGCGCGUGAGGAAGAGGGAGCUCUACAGAGACAUCCGCUCCCAUGUGUGGAGCAUGCUGGGGAAAUGCCAGCUACACGGCUGGAGCGUGCCCGUCGCCCAUGCGGCUUCACAGAAUUCCACCAGUCCUCCUCCUGAACCGAAAGAUGUUCCAGUCCUUGUCCAGCUAAGACUGCUGGAUCAGCGGGAUGCCACAGCCAAGCUCACCUGUGCUACAGCUGUAACACCUGCAAUAUCAGGCGAACAGACGUGUUCAGUUUGGGUGGUCUCUGGACCCGCCUCCAGUAGUGAUGUCACAGUGAUUGACCCAGCACGUUCCAAUACCGUCCUGGACCAGUUUAGCCUUCCGCCCACCUCACCUGCACUCUGUCUCUGUGCUGUGCCCCCUGCUGGGGAAUCACCGGGGACAGUGUGGAUUGGUACUCAGGAUGGAAGUGUUUUAGUCCAUUCAGCAUCCUCUGUCAGAAGACGCUGUUUGCAGUCUGUUUCUCUCUCUGAAGGAGUGCACUCUCUCACUUAUACUCAGGGUCAGGUGGUUGCUGGACUGGCCAAUGGAACACUGGCAUUUUUCAACCAAAAUUCAGACGGCUGGAAUCUCCAACAUCAGGAACUACUUUCCCUGGGCUCACCUCCCGUGCAGCCCAUUCGCUGUUGCCUAGCAAGGGGGGCGGGGCUCUGGGUUGGCUACUGGAACCGGGUGCAUGUGAUUGAUGUCCAGAGUCGGAAAGUGCAGCAUUCGUUCUCCGUGUCUGAGCGCAGUGAGCAGCAAGUGCGCUUCCUCUGUGCAGCGGGAAGUGGUGUGUGGGCUUCCUGUCGACUUGACCCGUUCCUCCGGCUCUUUGACUGGUCAACUGGUCGGCCCUUACAGGAGGUGGAUCUGACACCAGUGGUCAACAGUACCCUGGGCCCUGCCUUCCUAUCACUCUCUCCUCUACAGAUAUCCUCCCUCGCUCUCAUCUGUGGGCGACUCUGGGUGGGGACAGGAAGUGGUGCUAUAUUCUCUAUCCCUGUAUGCCUGGGCUCGGAGUCAGUCGCUAUCCCAUACUGCUCUCUGGCUGGGGCCCAGCUGUGCUAUCAUGGACAUCGUCAGGCUGUCAAAUUUAUCAUUGCAGCUCCUGGCUGUAUAAACUCUUCAGCGACUGGUGGGGGAACCAUCUCUACCUCUCAGCUCAUCCUCAGUGGUGGGGAGGGGUAUAUCAACUUCCGCAUUGGAGACGAUGGGAGUGACACCUGUACAGAGGGCCUUCCACAGCGCUCUGAACGUAGUCACAUGAUCAUCUGGCAGAGCUCAACGCCUUCCCUGCCAAGCCCCUCCCUCUGAGAAAACUCUGGUCCUCCCACUGGUGUGCCUUAAGUUAUGUUUGAUGAACAUUGCCUUGUAAUCAGUUCCUCUCAAGAUUUCUGAUAUCCUAAACACGAUGCCUUUUUAUUCAACUUCGCCAGUUACUUAAUGCAGGAGACAGUUAAAUUGUAAUAUUCACACAGCCUCUUGAAUGGUCAGUAAAGAAGCACCCUUCUAUUUACACUGUUAUUAGGAGAACAUUGUUAGUGCAAGGUAAGAUUAGUAUCGUCAUUCCAUUUCAUUGGCAUUAUUGUGACAUAUUUCUUUAAAAGCUGUUGAUCAAAAGCGUUUACAUUUACAGAGAUUUACAGUGAAGCUGCUCAAUAGGGUUGGUAAACGAACUUUUACUGUGAACUGACGCACAGAAAUGACAAUACGGUCCCAUCACCUUUCUCCCACAACCUGGAUAAUGCUGCACUGC